AUGACUCACAAAAUCAUCUCCUGCUUCACCAUUCCUUUAUGCUUGUUCUUGUUUUUGUGUCCUUUUGUUCAUAUGUAUCCCUUUUCGUAUACUAGCCAGCUCGAUUACAAUUUCUACGACAGAGCGUGUCCUCGCUUGUCAAUGAUUGUCCGGUACAAUAUUUGGGCAGCUCUCAAGAACGACACCAGGAUGGCUGCAUCCCUUCUUCGGAUGCACUUUCAUGAUUGUAUUGUCAAUGGAUGUGACGGAUCAGUGCUUCUUGAUGACACAGAUGACUUCAAGGGCGAGAAGAAUGCUCCAGCAAAUCACAAUUCUCUUCGAGGGUUCGAAGUGAUCGACAGUAUAAAAGCAGAUGUCGAAAAAUUCUGCCCAUCAACUGUUUCGUGUGCCGAUAUUUUGACUCUUGCAGCAAGAGAAGCUGUUGUUCUGUCAGGAGGGCCUUUUUGGCCUGUUCCAUUGGGCAGAAGAGAUGCAACGACAGCAAGUGUGAAGGCAGUUAAUGAACAAUUACCAUCACCUUUUGAGCCUUUAGCGAAUAUCACUGCCAAGUUCACAUCAAAGGGUCUUGACAUUAAAGAUGUUGUAGUCCUCUCAGGUGGACACACCCUAGGGUUUGCUCAAUGCUUCACCUUCAAGAGAAGGCUCUUCAACUUCGACGGCUUGGGCAACCCUGACCCAACACUUGAUUCUUCGGCCCUAUCAAGCUUGAGAAGAAUAUGUCCAAAGAAUGAUGAAGCAAACAGCAAUGUUGCUCCUCUUGAUUCCACAAAUGUCAAAUUUGACAAUACCUAUUACACAAACCUGGUUCAAAACACAGGUCUUCUAGAAUCUGAUCAGGCAUUGGUGAAUGAUCCAAAUACUGCUGCAAUGGUGAACUCUUACAGUGGGAACCCAUUCCUUUUCAAUAACGAUUUUGCAGCAUCAAUGGUGAAACUUGGUAAUGUUGGAGUACUGACUGGGGAAAACGGGCAAAUAAGGAAGAAAUGUGGAUCUGUGAACUAA